UGGAACCCACAGGAAACACUAGCAAGAAAAUUGGAAGUCUGCCUUUGUACUACUGACUGUGAUUUUUCUUUUCCUAUUCUCAGGUGAUUUGAGAAAGAGUUCUUCUGCCCAAGUCAAUGGAUAGACAAAAUGAUUCUGUGGUUUCUGAGUUUGUGUUACUAGGAUUCUCUAGUUCUUGGGAAACUUCACUUUUUCUCAUGUUGAUAUUCUCCUUGCUCUAUUUAGGAAUCAUCCUGGGAAAUCUCUUCAUUCUGUUUUUGGUAAUUUUGGAUUCUCACUUACAUUCUCCUAUGUACUUCCUAUUAGCCAACCUGUCACUCAUUGAUGUUGGCCUUUCCUCUACCACAGUCCCCAAGAUGAUUACAGACCUUCCAAAUAAAUACAAGAUAAUCUCUUUCAAAAGUUGUAUGACACAAAUAUGCUUCAUUCAUAUCAUGGGAGGAGUGGAGAUGGUGUUACUCAUAGCCAUGGCAUUUGACAGGUACACAGCAAUCUGCAAGCCUCUUCACUACUUGAACAUCAUGAAUCCUAAAAUAUGCAUUUCAUUUGUAAUCACUGGCUGGGUAGCUGGGGUGAUCCAUGCUAUGUCUCAAUUUGCUUUCAUUAUAAACUUGCCCUUUUGUGGUCCUAACAAAGUAGACAGCUUUUAUUGUGACUUUCCCAGGAUCAUAAAACUUGCAUGCACAGAUGGAGCCAAACUUGAGUUUAUUGUUGCUGCCAACAGUGGUUUCAUGACUAUGGGUACCUUCUUUCUGCUAAUCCUUUCCUACAUCUUCAUUCUGGUCACAGUCUGGAAACGUUCUUCAGGAGACUUGUCCAAGGCAUUUGUCACUUUGUCAGCUCACAUCACUGUGGUGGUUCUUUUUUUCACUCCAUGCAUGUUUCUCUAUGUAUGGCCUUUCCCCACAUCAUCAGUUGAUAAAUACCUGUUCAUUGUUGACUUUGUUAUUACCCCUAUCUUGAAUCCUUCCAUAUACACAUUAAGAAACAAAGACAUAAAAGUAGCUAUAAAAAGAUUGAACAAAGAGAGACAUUAUGUCAGAUUUUGCUGA